UUGUUAUUUAGCUGUUCCGUUGGCAGAUCCGGUCAUGCCUGUCUCCGCCAAAUAUUUUCUGACCGCACCUUAGUACAAUCCCUCUUCGAUGGCCUCACAAUCACAGUCGCCGACGAAAACUUCAACGUUUCUGUUCUGCUAUCCUUAUUUGUCAAUUGCGAAGAAGCAUGCGCCCAGCGUCCCGCUGUGAGGACCAAAACGCAGGCUGCAUUCAAAUUUACCCCCAGGCCCCCGCCAAAAGCGGCCUUGGAGGCGCUGUCAGAUACCUCGCUGGAGGACUUGCGACGCGAACUCUUCCGUCAAUCAAGCUUCGACAUCUCUUACCUGGUCAAGUGGUUGUUCGCCCACGAGCUGGUCUUGGACGAUUUUUUUGUCCACCUAAAACCACUUCUCGUAAAUGAGGUGUGUAUGCUCUCUUGA